AUGGCAGAAGAAGAUGUAUAUACCAAAGAUGGAACAACUGAUUUCUGCAACAAGCCUGCCAUUAAGAAGAAAACAGGAACGUGGAAAGCUUGCCCUUACAUAUUGGGAAAUGAAUGCUGUGAAAGAUUGGCUUACUAUGGGAUAAACACAAAUCUAGUAAACUACCUCAAAUAUCAACUCAAUCAGAGAAAUGUUGUGGCAGUAAAUAAUGUCACAAACUGGUCAGGUACUUGCUAUGUCACACCUUUGCUUGGAGCUUUUCUUGCUGAUGCAUAUCUUGGAAGAUACUGGACCAUUGCUGUUUUCUCUAUCAUCUAUGUUUUUGGAAUGACCUUAUUGACACUGUCAGCCUCACUCCAUGGACUAAAGCCAUAUUGCAGUGACAAUGUUUGCCACCCAACAGGGUUACAAACAACAGUAUUUUUUAUGGGACUUUACCUGAUAGCUCUAGGAACGGGAGGGAUUAAGCCAUGUGUCUCAUCCUUCGGUGCAGAUCAAUUUGAUGACUCAGAUGAGAUAGAGAAGAAAAGCAAAAGCUCAUUUUUCAAUUGGUUCUAUUUAUCUAUCAAUAUUGGUGCUCUUGUAGCUUCUUCGGUGCUUGUUUGGAUACAGACAAAUGUUGGUUGGGGAUGGGGUUUUGGUAUCCCAGCUGUGGCUAUGGCUAUUGCUGUUGUGAGCUUCUUCUCGGGGACCCGAUUGUAUAGAAACCAGAAACCCGGUGGGAGUCCAAUCACACGGAUUUUCCAAGUGAUGGUUGCUUCGUUUAGGAAAUUCCGGGUUCAAUUGCCUAACGAUAAGUCUCUUCUUUAUGAGAUUUCUGAUGAGGAAUCUGCGGUUAAAGGAAGUCGCAAACUUGAUCAUACCGAACAAUUAAGUUUCCUGGAUAAAGCAGCUGUGGAAACAAAACCAGACCGAAUCAAAGGAACCGUAAAUCCAUGGAGACUCUGCACAGUGACCCAAGUCGAAGAGCUCAAAUCCAUAAUAAGAUUGCUUCCAAUUUGGGCCACCGGAAUAAUCUUCUCCGCCGUUUACAGCCAAAUGGGUACCUUAUUCGUCCUCCAAGGAAACACCAUGGACCUCCACAUUACCCAAUCUUUCCAAAUCCCCUCUGCUUCUCUGUCACUCUUCGACACCCUCAGCGUCAUCUUCUGGGUCCCAAUCUACGACCGAGUCAUAGUCCCACUCGCCAGGAAACUCACGGGCCAUAAAAACGGCUUCACUCAGCUCCAGCGGAUCGCGAUCGGGCUCGCGAUUUCGAUCCUCGCGAUGCUCUGUUCGGGUACUCUGGAGCUCGUGAGGCUGAGCAUGGUGAAGACCCACCAUUACUACGAGCUCAAGCACGUGCCCAUGUCGGUGUUCUGGCAAAUUCCGCAGUAUUUCAUAAUUGGGUGCGCGGAGGUUUUCACUUUCGUCGGUCAAUUGGAGUUUUUCUACGAACAGGCUCCGGACGCCAUGAGAAGCAUGUGCUCGGCGCUUUCGUUGACCACGGCGGCUCUGGGGAACUACCUGAGUUCGGUUCUGGUUAAGGUUGUUAGCGAAUUGACCGGAGGAGAUGAUCGGAAAGGUGGGUGGAUUCCGGAUAAUCUGAAUUAUGGUCAGCUUGAUUACUUCUUCUGGCUUUUGGGUUUGCUGAGUUUGAUUAAUUUUGCUGUUUUUGUUAUGGUGGCUAAGUGGUAUACUUACAAGAGUGUUGUUUCUGGUUAAUCUUCGGUAACCAAUUUUGUUUCUUGUAAUGCAAACGCAGUUGGGUUGGUUUUUGAUUUUUUUUUUCUUUUUUUUUUUUUUGGUCUUUUUUUCGUUUUUCAAAUUGGAAAUUUACUACAGAAAGAGAAAGAAAAGGAGGGCAGAAGAAUAUUUCAAAACUUGAAAUGUUUAGAUCAUGAUUAUUAA